ACAUGUUACCAGAAAGUCCUUUGUUAUUGGCCAUGAGGGAACCGUUUUCUUUCCAUCUCUCCUGUCUCUAUUUGUUAUAUCACAAGCAGUCAGCCAAUACUCGCUUACAUACUGCAUGCUGUGGCUGCGCCACGCUGCUGUGAGGCAGCAGUUUCUGCAGGCGGAAGAAAAGGAAGGAGAUGAAUGGAAGAGAGAGGGAGGAGAGGGAGAAGAAGAAAACAGGAGAGGAAAAAAUGAUGUAAAACUGAAAUGCAGUCUGGCACCAGCUCCGCUUCUCAACUUUGCUCCCAUAAACACAUGAAGAAACCGUGAUGAUGUCACAUUCUGUCCUCCUAUCCUCUUAUAAAUAGAUCACUGAUGGUAGGAGUGGUGAUAUGUCGAUUAAGAUGAACUAAAGGGUCCAGUAUAAGAGGAAGAAGGACUCCUAUGUCAGAGCUUUAGGAUGGCCACGGAAAGCUCCACUAUUCCCAGUCCUGUUGUCCGCCAAAUCGACAAGCAGUUCCUGAUCUGCAGCAUAUGUCUGGACCGCUACCAGAAUCCCAAAGUACUGCCCUGCCUGCACACCUUCUGUGAGAGGUGCUUGCAGAAUUACAUCCCGGCCUACAGCCUCACCCUGUCGUGUCCCGUGUGCCGUCAGACAUCAAUCCUCCCAGAGAGGGGGGUGGCCGCACUACAGAACAACUUCUUCAUCACCAACCUGAUGGAUGUGCUGCAGCACAGGCCAGAUACCUGCAGCCAGGAGGCCACCACCCUCAGCAACAUCACCACCGUGGUAACGGGUCAACUGCUCUCCUGCCCCAACCACGGCGGAAGUGUGAUGGAGUUUUACUGUCCUCCAUGUGAGACAGCCAUGUGUCAAGAGUGCACAAGUGGCGAACAUAGAGAGCACCCAACUGUGCCUCUUAAAGAUGUGGUAGAGCAGCACAAGACCUCACUGCAUGACCAGCUGAAUGCUGUGAAGAAGAGGCUGCCAGAGAUCGACUCGGCUCUGCUGUUGCUGUCAGAAAUCCUGCAACAGCUGACCAAUCAGAAAAGCUCCAUAGAAGAGGACAUCCACAAAACCUUUGAUGAGCUGCAGAAGACUCUCAAUGUUCGCAAGAGUGUUUUACUCAUGGAGCUGGAGGUCAAUUAUGCACUCAAACAGAAGGUUCUUCAGGCCCAGCUGGACACACUGCUGCAGGGCCAGGAGGGCAUCAACAGCAGCUGUAACUUCACGGAGCAGGCCCUGAGCCACGGCACCGAGGCUGAGGUGCUGCUGGUCAAGAAGCAGAUGGGCGAGCGCCUCGUGGAGCUGGCCAAUCAGGAGCUUCCUCUGCAGCCAGGGGAGAACUGCCAGCUGGACUUUCUCGUGGAGACUGAUGGAUUAAAGAAAUCCAUCCACAAUUUGGGUACCGUGGUAACUACAAAUGCUGUCGCAUCAGAAACCGUGGUGACAGGUGAAGGGCUGCGGCACUGCGUGGUGGGCGUGCCCACGGCUGUCACCAUAACUACCAAGGACAAAGAUGGAGAGCUGUGCAAGAUGGGUAACGCAGUCAUCGCUGCUGACAUCUCUUCCCCUGACGGGAGCAAAGUCGACGGGGAAAUACUGGACAACAAGAACGGCACGUAUGAGUACCUGUUCAUUGCUCCCAAAGAAGGCUUUCUGUACCUAUCCCUGCGCCUGUACAACCAGCACAUCAGAGGAAGUCCCUUCAAAAUAAAGGCCACCAUCCACUCCCCAAAUACAGAUGGCACCAAAAAGAGGCUGAAGUCUCCGGGUAGUGGACACGUCAAGCAGAAAGCAAUCAAGAGGCCGGCGAGCAUGUACAGCACAGGGAGGAGGAAAGAGAAUCCCAUCGAGGAUGACCUCAUCUUUCGGAUAGGCACCAAAGGAAGAAAUAAAGGGGAGUUCACAAAUCUGCAGGGAGUGGCUGCCUCCUCUCAGGGAAAAGUCCUAAUAGCAGACAGCAACAACCAAUGUGUUCAGAUAUUUUCUAAUGACGGCCAGUUCAGAAGUCGUUUUGGCAUCCGUGGCAGGUCUCCAGGUCAGAUGCAGCGGCCGACGGGUGUGGCCGUCCACCCCAGUGGUGACAUCAUCAUUGCAGACUAUGACAACAAAUGGGUCAGCAUCUUUUCAAAUGAAGGCAAGUUUAAGAACAAAGUGGGCUCAGGGAAGCUGAUGGGACCUAAAGGCGUUGCAGUGGACAGGAACGGACACGUCAUUGUGGUCGAUAAUAAGGCCUGCUGUGUUUUCAUCUUCCAGGCCAAUGGCAAGCUGGUCACCAAGUUUGGUAACCGUGGCAACGGCGACAGGCAGUUUGCAGGCCCUCAUUUUGCUGCUGUCAACAAUAACAACGAAAUCAUUGUGACUGAUUUUCACAACCACUCAGUAAAGGUCUUUAACACAGAAGGGGAGUUCCUGCUGAAGUUUGGUUCUAACGGCGAAGGUAACGGCCAGUUCAAUGCCCCCACUGGCGUGGCGGUGGACGUCAAUGGGAAUAUCAUUGUAGCAGACUGGGGCAACAGCAGGAUACAGGUGUUUGAUGCCAGCGGUUCCUUCCUCUCCUACAUCAACACGUCAGCAGACCCAUUGUAUGGCCCACAGGGACUGGCACUCACCUCUGACGGACAUGUGGUGGUCGCAGAUUCUGGCAACCACUGCUACAAAGUCUACCGCUAUCUGCAGUAGCUCACCUUUCUACACCUGCUUUCUACCAGGAAAUGGUGGACUGGAAAGACUGGAACACUCUGCAAUCAUCAACUCAUCCAUUCAUUCUUUCCACUGUGCCAUCUGUUAGGCUUUUUUCUUGAUUCUGAAGCAAUAACUCAUCACAGGUAGCUGCUGCUGGUUAGUGUUUUGAAGAAGUUGAUCAUGACUUUCACAAGACAUUUGGAGUGCGCUAACAUAAAGCUUUAAUAGCAAGCAACAGAUUUUAGGAAACUGCUGCACUGGUUUUGAAAAUGACUUGCUUGAUAAGUGAGAAUAAGAUGUGUAUAUUAAACUACAGUUUAGGUACCUCAGAAAUAAAUAGAUUUUACUGCACUUUUACAGCACUUUUCUGUUAAAAUGCCCUUAAGAUGCCUCACAAUUUGCCUGUUUACUAUCAGAAUAAAAAAAUUGAUGUAGGAUGAUUUGAAGCUUGACCACACAACACUGUGCAUGCUGUUUUUAACAAACAUCUUAACUACUACAAUGUACUGCAUUGAAAAUACAGGGUUCAGAAUCACAAUCUUAUCACUUAAAAUGCCUCCACAGUUUGAGUUUUUAAUAUUUCCAUUAAAAACAGUUAUUUGAUUCUGUUAUAAUUUUAAGUAGAGUUGAUUUCUUGAUUGGUUUAAAGAAAACAAAAUGCAUGCAUUUAUAUCAUAAACACUUGAUAUUGACCUGAGUGGAUCGCAAUGAGUGACAUGAAUAAAUAUUUAAAUUAUAUAAUUAAAAUUAAAUUGGAUAUACAGAUGAUAAAUAAAUGUAUCACGGAUUAUUUAAAACAUAAUGGUUUAAUUAAAAACAUAAUGGUUUAAUUAUGACAUUUCUUUAAUUUUAAAGUGUUAUAUUUUAAGAUCCAUUAAAAUUAUUUAGAUAUUUAUUUAGUUAAUUUGUUCUCUGUGUAUUGUAUGAGGGUCAAAAAUGCCACGAGCCAACUGUAAUAAAUUCAUUCAAUAUUUCAAAAUGUAUUGAUUAUACAAGUGUAAUUUAUUAUUAAUUGUACAAGUCAAUAAAAGUGUACAUUUUAAAAUAAAAUUUGAAUCGUGAUUAAAUUAAAGUCCACUGGAAAAUAUUAGCCUACUGUCACUUUGGCUCAUACCACAAGUGAUAUUUUAUGAUAUUCGACAACAGGAUGGAGACAAUUGUAUUUUUAUUAUGAUCACUUAUAAAUAUUCCACAACUUGUUUAUUGAACAUUUGCCCUCAAUACUUCAGCAAUGAACCAUGAAAUAAUUUAAACAGUCAGGCAACAAAUGUGUUAUUUUUUUAAAAUAAAUAUUUUAGCAUCAUAUUUCAUGGAUUGCUUCAAAAUAAACUGACACAUCUAAAUAUUCAUGUAUUAUUUAACUGUUUGUUUGUGAUAGUGUUUAGAUCUCUAUAGGCAUCAGCUAUGCAUACAUGUGUACAUGAUGUGCCUGGGAUCCAGAUGUGCAGAAAUCCUGUUUGAAUACUUUUUUCCAUCUUGCUGAAAUAUGGCUUUCAUUUUGCAUCUCUGGUUCCAGGACUGCUUAGCUUUAAUAACCUUCACUUAUCCUAAUAUGCGCUUAUGUCUUUUAAAUAUCCCUGCAAGUGCUAGUUACACUUUGGUGGUUAUCUUGCAGAUCUAGAAGAUGUGAUAUGUAUAUAAACAUGAUGUAAAGUAGGAUCCACAUUUGUUUUAAGGCCUUUACCAUAAACAAUCUUGAAACACACAA